AUGCGUACCAAAAACCUGGACGAGUUUGAGACUACCAGUGCCCUCAGAGUCAAGUCUGAGGAGGGCUUACUCGCCGACCGGUUACGGGAGUCGGAGCUCGAGCUCGAGCGCCAGGUCGAGGCUACCCGAGCCCUGGUGGACAGGCUAGUAAAAUGCGAAAAGGAGCUUGGUGAGUUUAAGCGUAUUAAUGAGGUCCAAGAGGACUGUAUAGAGACCGCGGAGGCCGAGAUACUUAGGCUCCGGGAGGGGCUGGAAAAGGCUGAGCUCCAGGUCCAGGAAACUGUCGAGAUAUCGGAACUUAAUUUCACAGAAAUCAUAAUCGACUUAAAAUCAAAGUUAAAGACCUCUACCGACGAGUUAAACGCCAUAAAAUCAAACACCUCUACAGCGACCACAAGUACCAGCGCCGGGGCCACCGGUGCUCUCAUUAAACACACUGAACCCCACUACCAAAAGGGUGGCCAACCUGUCCGUAACUACACGGGUCACCACAAACUCGGCCACAAAGGGACGGGUAUUCAGAAAACGCCCUCAUUUUACGUCGACUUAAACGGCGAUUACAAUAAAAGUGGCAAAAGUUUGCAGAAAUUAAAACUCAAAUUAUUAUCGACCGAAAUGGCGGCCGAUUUAAAGCACUUUACGUUUAGUGCCGUCAAAAACCUGUGGCCACAGCCAGGGGUAGGCGCGGCACCGGUAGUCGUGGGCGAUAUCGUGCAGCCAUUGGUCGAUAUGCUGGAUGAGAGGUUCGGGAGGAACUGUAAUGAGGCACCGGUUAUUACGCGUUUACCUACCAGUCCACCAACCAGUCCACCUACUAGCCCGCGUAUCAGCCCGCGUACCAGUCCAACUACCAGUCCCCCUACCAGUCCACGUACUAGUCCGCAUACCAGUCCCCAUACCGAACCCAUUGUCCACGUGUUCAAAAAGACUACGAAUUUGGAUCCAUCGGUCGAGAAGUUUAUUAUACACGUGGCGUUGGAAAGCCUGUACAAACACCAGGUGCCCGCAAACAGCGAGUACACAAUGGACACCUACCAGUCCCUAAGCGGGUGCGUCCGGGACACCAUAUGUCACAAGUAUAAUAGCCAGUGGUUUGUGUCGGUGGGCGCCACUCAACGCUACUCCACCUCCUGGGCGAUGGUUAAGAGUCGCAAGUUUUUGCUGUUUGAUGUGAAUGGGGUUAAGUUUACGGUGGGCGAGGUGGGCACCGGGUGGUUGUGGUGA